ACUUCCAAGGUUGGAAACACAAUACUGGAAAGCAAAUUCCAGGGUAACUGUUCACAGGGUUUCAAUCUUUUUCUUUUUUGACUCUUUUUCCUGAUAGAAACCUUUCACUGAAUUAACAUAUCUUCUGCAUAUUAACAUCCACUCCCUUCUCUCUUGCUUUCAUCACAUACAUCCAAUCAUCCAUCUCUCUCUCUCUCUUUUCCAAGCUUUUUGUUGUAUAUAAUUAGAGAUGAUGAUGAUGGAGGGUCAGGAGGAAGUUGUUCUUUGUAAAGAUCAGUUGCAAAUCAUCAAAGGCAAGCGUACCAAGCGUCCAAGGCCGCUGUCGCCUCUGACUUUGGUGAUGGCUUCAAGCACGACAUCUAGCGGAGGAGAAAGUGGAGGCGAAGGUGGGAGAAAUACUGAUGAUUCGGGAGGGUUUGAAAGAGCUGUUGCUUCGCCAACAACAUCUGUUGAUGAGUUAACAGAAAUUAGCACGGAAGAAGAAGAAGACAUGGCCAAUUGUUUAAUACUUUUGGCUCAAGGCCAAACAAGAAUAAAACCAUCAGAACCGGCUUCUUUGGCAACAACAAGCAAGACGGGGAUAUAUGUUCACCAGUGCAAAACAUGUAACCGGUGCUUCUCUUCGUUCCAGGCGCUUGGUGGACACAGAGCAAGCCAUAAGAAGCCCAAGGUUAAUAAUGAAGAGAAUAAAGGAUUGGUGUUUGUGAGAGAGGAUGACGAUCAAUUCAACAACAUGAACACAGCCCUUUCACUCCAAAUAACAAAUAAGGCUGUUUUAUGCAAUAGCAGCAAAUCCAAAGUUCAUGAAUGUUCGAUUUGUGGUGCUGAGUUCUCUUCCGGACAAGCUCUUGGGGGUCAUAUGAGGAGACACAGGACGUUUACUAAUGUACCGACAACAACAGCUACAACAGCUUUGAGUGUUGGAACAAGAAGUCCUGAAUCACAGGAGUCCAAGAAACCUAGAACUGUUCUGCAGUUGGAUCUUAACCUUCCGGCACCGGAAGAUGAUCAUCUCAGGGAAACUAAAUUUUCCUUUGCUUCCAAGGAAAAGCUACUGGUUUUCUCGGCUUCUUCUUUGGUUGAUUGCCAUUACUAGAAAUGCAAGUCCAAUAUCUUUUUAAUUCUUUUGGGGGGAAGUUUCUGUCACCCAAAAAUCAAUGUGUAUGAUUAACAUUAUUUCUCACUAAUAUCAUUCAUAAUUGUCCA